CCGCCAACCACCAACCGCCAACCGCCCACCGCCCACCGGCCCUCACCUCCUCUCCCGCCGCGGCCUCAGAGUCUUCCUCAUCCUCGACUUGGUCGCCAUCGUCGAAGGACAUCAACAUGCCUAUUACCAUCAAGCCUCCACCAGGCACCGCCGGUGCAGCAUGGCCUGCCAUCGUCGUCGGUCUGUUCGUCGCCUUCGGUGGUGUACUGUUCGGCUAUGACACAGGAACAAUUGGUGGCAUUCUGGCCAUGCCCUACUGGCUGAAGACCUUUUCCACUGGAUACACGAACCCAAAGACUGGUGGACCAGGCAUCACAUCUUCGCAGUCCUCCGAGAUUGUCUCCAUUCUCUCUGCUGGAACCUUCUUCGGUGCCUUGACUGCUGCACCCGCUGGAGACUUCUUCGGGAGACGAUGGGGAUUGAUGGUUUCCACCAUGGUCUUCACCCUGGGUGUUGUUCUCCAGACUGCCGCCACCGCUAUCCCACUCUUCGUUGCCGGACGAUUCUUCGCUGGAUACGGUGUGGGCAUGAUUUCCGCACUUAUCCCCCUCUACCAAUCCGAGACCGCACCAAAGUGGAUUCGUGGUGCCAUUGUUGGCUGCUACCAGCUGGCUAUCACCAUCGGUCUCCUUCUCGCUGCCGUCCUUAAUAACGCCACCAAGGACCGCGACGACACUGGUAGCUACCGCAUCCCAAUUGCCGUGCAAUUCGCUUGGGCCCUCAUCCUCUUCGGUGGCAUGCUGCUGCUUCCAGAGACUCCACGUAUGUGGAUCAAGCGUGGCAAGCCAGAGGAAGCUGCAAGGUCACUCUCGCGACUCAGGAGAUUGGACGUCGACCACCCAGCACUUGUCGAAGAGUUGGGCGAAAUCACCGCCAACCACGAGUACGAGCUCUCGCUCGGUAAGGCCACAUACUUCGAUUGCUUCAGGGGCAACCUCGGAAAGCGUCUCGCUACUGGUUGUCUCCUUCAAGCCCUCCAGCAGCUCACUGGUGUCAACUUCAUUUUCUACUACGGAACUUCAUUCUUCAAAAACUCCGGCAUCACCAACUCCUUCGUCGUCAGCAUGAUCACCUCCGCCGUGAACGUGUCCUCCACCUUCCCAGGUCUGUGGAUGGUCGAGACCUGGGGUCGCCGCAACCUCCUCCUCUUCGGCGCCAUCGGCAUGGCUGUCUGCCAGUACAUCGUCGCAGGAGUCGGUACAGGAGCCGGUCUCGAGAAUCUCGCCGCACAGAAAGCCCUGAUCGCAUUCGUCUGCAUCUACAUCUUCUUCUUCGCCUGCUCCUGGGGUCCAUGCGCCUGGGUCGUCACGGGCGAGAUCUUCCCACUGAAAGUGCGCGCCAAGUCCCUCUCCAUGACCACCGCCUCCAACUGGCUCCUCAACUGGGCAAUCGCCUACUCCACCCCCUACCUAGUCGACGACGGUCCAGGCAACGCCAACUUACAAUCCAAAGUCUUCUUCAUCUGGGGCAGUUUCUGCUUCGUCUGCAUUUUCUUCGUGUGGGCCUUGAUCUACGAAACCAAAGGUCUCUCUCUCGAGCAAGUCGACGAGCUGUACGCCAAAGUUCCCAAGGCAUGGCACUCCUCCAAAUUCGUGCCCACCGUCUCGUUCCAGGAGGUCCAGGAGGUCGGUGGCGAUCAUCGCAAGUCUAGUUUGGCGGAUAUUGAGACUGCUGUUAUGCGGAAGAAGUCGGUGGGUCACGAGGAGACUGCUGUGGAUGAGAAGGAUUAGUUGGAAAAGAAAGAUUGGCCACGAUCUGUGGGGGUUCAUGGUUGGUUAAUUGAUAUACCUACGUGUCUAGCUUCCGAAUAUACCAUGGCGAUUUUGUUUUAAUUGCAAUAUGCGGCCUCAUUUUCAAGGCCUAUAACGGAGAACGUUUUCGUCUCUCACUCAAUUGUGAGAGUAAUCGAUUUCACGCACCGAC